AACUUUGAUGAGUAACUUUAUAAUUUAAUGCAAGGAUUGGCAGAUAUUUUCAUCCAUCGGCUGUUUGGCUUGCUAGCUAUGCGCGAGGCCAAAUUCUUCUUUUUUUCUUUUUUUUUUUACUGUACUGUACUGUAAUUACUUCUUCCAGUCAUUCUUCCGGCUAACUUUGGCGAUUAUUUUACAAUAAGUUAGACUGCAAGCAACCUUCUGCAUCCGCAGCCUCAUAUCUAGAUAGCUAAACUAGCAUCACAUAACGGUAACGUUAGCCACCUAGCAAGUUGUACUGGUAGAGAUUGUACAACUAGGUUAGGUCAGUGCAGUAACAGGGUACGUUAGCAGCUAAGUUACUUAGCAGCCCAGCUGAGCCAGCUAGCUAGACAACCGGUCUGAUGGACAUAGGCUUCUAAAUGUAUGUAGUCUAGCAGUAUUGAGUUUUUAACUUACAAUGUAGUUGCUAAAAUUACCUUGGUACAGUAUACAUAUUUUCUUGUAUCUCUUGUAACAUUGGUUGUAUUGCGAUAAAUCAGUUACAGUACCUAGCAAAGCAAGCUUUGCACUAGCCGGAUGUUAGUCUCUGAUUCGGGCCAGCUGUUUUACCCAGAUUUUUUUUGCCAAUUUUGCAAUUAUCGAAUGAACUUUUGGUAAUGCAAGCCGACUGACUAGGCACCUCCAUUCAACAUUACUAAUGUUGCAUCAUGUUAUACAAUAAGGAUUCAGACCCUUUUAUUUAUUUAUUACACAAGCAAUCACAUUAUUUUUCAGAUGAUAGUAAUGUCAGUCUUAACAUUUUAAAUAGUUAGCCUAGUAGUAGCCUGGUUUACAGAGUUUGGGUCAGCUCUCAAUCCGACUCAUUAAAUCCUACUUAAAUAUAAUGGGGUGCGAAAGUUUCACGACUAUGCACCUUCUGUUAUCAGUUAGGAGAUUGUUUCCUUUGAUGUAAUAUAGUGCGUAAUAUAAUGUUGCAUGAUUGCAUGUUGUCUACAUCUGCCAUGUUUUUGAAUGGUAUUACCUGGGUUUGUAAAUACAUUGUUGCCAAAGCUGGCAGGGUAAGGUUUAGCUAUUUCCUCCAUUGUGUUUGUUGUUGCUGUCAUGGUUGACGUAAUUCUACUUUCUUAAAGCCAUGGCACCUGACAGUUCUGUAAGUCACAGUUGAGCACAUAUGCGAAGAACCGCAUUUCAUUUAGGGAUUUAUGGGAUUAAUUGAAUUUAAAAUUUUAAACAUCAAGGUAAAAAUGGCAAUAAUUUGCAACUGCUGUCUUGAUACAGCUAUCACACAACUUGCCACACAUCCACAUAACAGCAUUCAAAGAACAGAAAGAUUCAUGCAAGUGUUUUGCACACUCUGCACACGCAAUAUUUCCGUCUGUCAAGAACGUAUCUGGGCUAGGCUUUGAAAAAGGGCCAGGAGACCACAUCAGACACGUAUAAGGUCAAGCUUCCUGUUCUGUAACGAGAGGGAGAGAAAUAGGUUCUAGUGACAGUAACAGGUUUGAGUUCAACCAGUUGUAUUUAAAGAGGACUCGAUACCAUCAUUAAUAGGAUGGACAGUUUAAAGACAACCAUAUUGGAUAUUCACAGUCCUACCAUCCUGAAGGAAGGGAAGUUAAUGAAGCAAACCAACUCUUUCCAGCGCUGGAAGAGACGGUACUUUAAACUCCGUGGAAGAACCCUGUACUACGCUCAGACUGCUAAGUCUAUCAUCUUCGAUGAAGUUGACUUGACGGAUGCAAGUGUGGCUGAAUCCAGCACCAAGAACGUCAACAACAGCUUCACUCUUAUCACUCCUUGUCGUAGACUUAUUCUGUGCGCGGAGAACAGGAAAGAGAUGGAGGACUGGAUGGCAGCGCUGAAAAGUGUCCAGAACAGGGACCCCUUUGAGUCUACCCAGUACAGCAUGGACCACUUCUCUGGGAUGCACAACUGGUAUGCCUGCUCACACGCUCGCCCUACCUACUGCAACGUCUGCCGGGAGGCACUCUCCGGAGUCACGUCACAUGGGCUGUCCUGCGAAGUGUGCAAGUUCAAAGCCCACAAGCGCUGCGCGGUCAGAGCUACCAACAACUGCAAGUGGACCACCCUAGCAUCCAUUGGGAAGGACAUCAUUGAAGAUGAGGAUGGGAUAUCUAUGCCACACCAGUGGUUGGAGGGCAACCUGCCGGUUAGCGCCAAGUGUACGGUGUGCGACAAGACCUGUGGCAGCGUGCUACGGCUGCAGGACUGGCGUUGCCUCUGGUGCAAAGCCAUGGUUCACACCACAUGUAAGGACCAGUUGUCCAUCAAGUGUCCCCUGGGUCAGUGCAAGGUGUCUGUCAUCCCCCCAACAGCCCUAAACAGCAUCGACUCUGACGGGUUCUGGAAGGCCACCUGCCCCCCCUCGUGCACCAGCCCCCUCCUUGUGUUCGUCAACUCCAAGAGCGGCGACAACCAGGGCGUUAAGUUCCUGAGACGCUUCAAGCAGCUGCUCAACCCCGCCCAGGUGUUUGACCUCAUGAACGGCGGGCCGCACCUGGGUUUGCGGCUAUUCCAAAAGUUUGACACGUUUCGUAUCCUGGUGUGCGGGGGUGAUGGGAGUGUGGGCUGGGUCCUCUCUGAGAUCGACACACUGACUCUCCAUAAACAGUGCCAGCUGGGCGUGUUGCCCCUGGGCACGGGGAACGACCUGGCCCGGGUCCUGGGCUGGGGCUCGGCCUGCGACGACGACGCCCAGCUGCCACAGAUACUGGAGAAGCUGGAGAGAGCCAGUACCAAGAUGUUGGACAGGUGGAGCAUCAUGGUGUACGAAACCAAGUUCCCACGACAACACUCCACAUCCACUGUGACUGAGGACUGCAGUGAUGACUCUGAGGUCCAGCAGAUUCUCACCUACGAGGACUCGGUGGCAGCUCACUUGUCCAAGAUUCUGACCUCAGAUCAACACUCAGUGGUCAUCUCCUCCGCCAAAGUGCUGUGUGAGACGGUGAAGGACUUUGUCGCUCGCGUGGGGAAGGCCUAUGAGAAGAACACCGAGAGCUCUGAGGAGUCUGAAGCCAUGGCCAGAAAGUGCGGAGUGCUGAAGGAGAAGUUGGACUCUCUACUGAAGACCCUGAACGAGGAGGCUCAGGCCUCUGCGGUCAUGCCGGCGCCCCCUCCUACCAUCGCUGAGGAGCAGGAGGAGGGCGAGGGAGUCCUGGUGCCCCCGCCACAUGCCCCCGUGGCCCCCUGCUCCCCCAGGACCACCUCUGCCAUCUUCAAACCCAGGGAGCAGCUCAUGCUGAGGGCCAACAGCCUGAAGAAGGCCAUCAGGCAGAUCAUCGAGCACACUGAGAAAGCUGUGGAUGAGCAAAAUGCCCAGACCCAGGAGGUAUUUGCUCUGGGGGCAGAGGAGGAGGAAGAGGAGGAGGACUACGACCAGGACAAACUCUCCCUGCAGUCGUCUUACAGUGGUAUUGCCUGUAACAGCACCAAGAAUCGCCCAGUCCGCAGAGCAUGUAAGACGCCUUGUGAGAAGCUUAUAAACAAGGGGGCCCUGUCAUUAGGUAGCUCUGCAUCACUUCCUGCCCAGACAGGAAGUAGAGAAAACAUGCCAAUGCUCAACACCAAGAUUCUCUUUCCAAGUCUCCGAGCUGGAAUAUCUGGCUCUCUGGAGAGUAGCUCUGUCAUCAGCAGACUGCUGGUGAACGCUGAUCCCUUCAGCUGGGACCCAGAGAACUUUGACUGUUACACUGAGAAGUGUGUGAUGAACAACUACUUUGGGAUCGGACUGGACGCCAAGAUCUCCCUGGACUUCAACAACAAGCGGGAUGAGCACCCGGAGAAGUGCAGGAGUCGCACUAAGAAUAUGAUGUGGUACGGUGUUCUGGGAACCAAGGAGCUGCUCCAUCGAACCUACAAGAACCUGGAACAGAAAGUGCUGCUUGAGUGCGAUGGGAGGCCCAUCCCUCUGCCCAGUUUACAGGGCAUUGCUGUGCUAAACAUACCCAGUUAUGCUGGGGGCACCAACUUCUGGGGUGGCACCAAGGAGGAUGAUACGUUCACGGCCCCUUCGUUUGACGAUAAGAUCCUGGAGGUGGUGGCUGUGUUUGGCAGCAUGCAGAUGGCCGUGUCUCGGGUCAUCAACCUGCAACACCACCGCAUCGCUCAGUGCCGGACGGUGAAGAUCACCAUCCUGGGGGAUGAGGGGGUGCCUGUGCAGGUGGAUGGGGAGGCUUGGGUACAACCCCCAGGAUACAUCAAGAUCAUUCACAAGAAUCGCACCCAGACCCUGACUAGAGACAGGGCCUUCGAGAGUACAUUAAAGUCCUGGGAGGAUAAGCAGAAGUGUGAGUUCCCUCGCCCACAGCCGCAGCAUGCGCUGCAGCCAGAGACCGUCUCGGAGGAGGAGGCUUCCCAGAUCAACGUGUUCGGCCAGGCUGCCGGCGCCCUCAUUCACAGCAUCCGUGAAAUCGCUCAGUCCCACCACAACAUGGAACAGGAGCUGGCCCAUGCUGUCAACGCCAGCUGUAAGGCCAUGGAUGUGGUCUAUGCCAACUCCAAGAGCUCAGGCGGUCUCAAUUGCAGUGUUGUGGUUCAGAUGGUCAGUAACGUAAAGGCUCUGCAUAGUGAGACAGAGCUUCUGCUAGCUGGCAAGAUGUGCUUGCAGCUGGACCCCCCUCAGAAGGAGCAGCUGAGCGGAGCUCUGGGCAGCGUGGCCCUGCAGCUCCGCAGACUGGUGGACAUAUCCUGGCUGUGCCAGUUCAUCGAACCAGGGGACGACGAGGGAAACCUGACGGAUUUCACCAAGCGAAGCCGCAGCGCUAAGUUCCGCCUCGUGCCCAAGUUUAAGAAGGACAAGAACAACAAGAACAAGGAGGCAUGCGCCACUCUCACUCUGCCAGUGCACCAGUGGGGCACAGAAGAGGUGGCCGCCUGGCUGGAGCUCAUCUGCCUCACAGAGUAUAAGGAGAUCUUUAUCGGGCACGAUGUGCGUGGUGCCGAGUUGCUGCACCUGGAGAGGAGGGACCUCAAGGACUUGGGGGUGACGAAGGUUGGCCACAUGAAACGUAUCCUGCAGGGUAUCAGAGAGUUGAGUCGCAGCAGCAGUGCCAGCGAGGCCUAGGCUCCCUCCUGUACGCCUGCCUGUGCUGCACCAGGAAGAACACCCCCUGUGAUGUCACCGAAUCCAGCCAUACCUCCCAUGCCUGAACCAACCCCCCCCCCCCCUCUCAACAGGACCAAUCAAGCUACAAUACCUUAACACGAUUUUCAGUCUUAUCCAAUACAAUUCUACAGCAGUGCCUUCACACUUUCUCAGUGUCAAGACCCACCACAUGAAUCAUGAACCAAACCGCCAGGGAAUAGGUUUGGAGGGGAGAGCUAGGAAGAAAUGACAGGAAAGUCAAGAGGGCUGAUGACAAGGAACAAAAGCCUGAUAAACUCAUUUAACCAUAAUUCCUGAUCAACAAACCAGCCCCAGAUUCAGCUGGACUGUGAUAAUGGACCAAGUGGCACCUGAACCUUUAAACCUGUUUGAAGUCAGGAGCUUAGAGACUGAACAGGGAACCCUGAGCUUGUUAGCUGAGCAUCAUGAGCUGUAGACCUGCCAGAAUAUAUAGCAGACACCAUAGAUUUAUCUAUCAUUUCCACUGACUGGAUCAAUUCUAGAAAGAGUUUUGUAUUGCAGUAUAUAUUUAUUACAUAUAUAUAGUACCAGAUGUGUUAUCCCAGUGUAAAUUGUUUUACUAGGAAUUGACGUGGGAUGCCAGGAAAUAUGCUCCCCAACAAAAAACAAGGCUAGAAUAGUCUGAACUUCAAAGAUGAGCAGUGACAAUCUUAAUGUAAAUAUAAUUCACCUCCAGCUUUUUCCCUGGUGUCAGUAAUUUCUGUAUCUCUUUGUGUACUUUCAAUGUUCCCUGGCCUUUUUAUUGAUUUCAAUAUCACUACCUAGAUGGUGCCUAAGGGUUUGUGCUACAUCAAUACAAUGAUCCACAUUUUUCCUGGAGAUGUAUUUUAUUUUUUUGUAGCAAGGGUUUCUUCUAGUAUGGGGGAACGCCAAACUCGACAAUGCCUUGUUCUCCCUGCUGCUUCAUAUCAAGGCUCAGGAUGUGUGAAGUAUUUUCGCACAAUUUGGUGUCAAAUAGAUUGUAGUGGGUCUUGGUCACAUUUCCAACAAUAAAUGCGGCCAUCAGAUACCAGUCCCCCAGUGGAUUUAAUUAUCUGCCCUGUUUCUUGCUGUGUGACGUGUGGCAAGUUUAUAAUCUGCUCUCUGUUUUUCCUUACAGGGUUGUGUGAGAUGUUUUUUAUGGUCAUAUCAUUUCCAUUUGUACAACCUCCUGCAGGGUUGUACUUUUUGUGUUGUCCAUUAAUGAAAACUCUCUGGUAAACAGUCUACAUCCGGUCCCAGUAUUUAUUGAUAAUUUAUAAGUUAGAAGUAAUACUGUAUGCUACACCUGUCUUUUACUUUGUACAUAAUCCCAACCCAGUGCUGUAAAUAUGUCAGUUUUGUACAGUGAAAUACCAUCAUCCUAUAAUUAAAUGUUUGUUUGUGA